AUGAAGCUUCUUAUGAAGAUCUUUCUUGUUGUCGGUGUCGUCACCCUGAUGGCGAAGUUCGUUCACGCUACUCCUGUUCCCGGCGGUCUCGAGCCCGAUAUGGAGAAGCUGACGUGGAUGGACAUGUUGCUUGACCCUCGCGACACGGACGAGACUCGUCGUGAGCCCAAGGGUCUUCUCACGGGUUGUCUGAACGAUAUCUUCCACCCCGAGGGCGCCCCCACCGGUGUCGUCGGUGCCCUCCAGGUGACUCCCGCCGCUGACCGGGCCUUUAUCGAGGCCGUCAAGUCUCCCAAGAACCUCGGCCCCGUCAUGCUCGUCGUGCCCAACGAGAGCAACCGCUGGCCCAACUCGGUCAUCAUCCGCAAUGCACCCCAGCCCUGCGUCGAGCUCGUUGCUCACGUCAGCGACCUUGUCCAGUACAAGACCAUCAAGGAGCGCAGACAGUCGGUCAACAAUGACAUUGACGGCAAGAAGUCCAUCCGUGUCAACUUUGUCAACAAGCUCCAGAUGGAGUUCUUCCGCCGACUUGCUGGCGAGAGCAAAUUCAUUCCGUCCCUCAAUGUCAUGAUGCAGAAUGAGUAA